AUGAAUGAUUGGGCGUGUUUGUCGGUGGCUCUCCUCGACGGCGACGGAUCUAUGUAUGAGUAUCUUUCCUCAAAUCGAAAGACAAUGAAAGCAAAGAGACAUGAGGAAGACUCACUGGACAAAGGAGUACAAUGCAAUAGAGAUUGUGUAGACAUACCUUCAUCGCAAGACACGCCUGCAAAAGGGAAAGAACGGAGGGCUUGGACGCCAACUGAUGACCUUGUGCUCAUAAGCUCAUGGUUGAACACGAGCAAAGACCCCUUAGUAGGGCAUGAGCAAAAGUCAGCUGCUUUCUGGACUAGGAUUGCAGCGUACUUCUCAGCUAGUCCAAAGCUGGCUGGCUGUGAGAAAAGAGAGGCAGCUCAGUGUAAGCAUCGUUGGCAGAAGAUCAAUGACUUAGUGUGCACGUUUUGUGGAGCUUAUGAAGCUGCAAUGAGGGAGAAAACUAGUGGACAAAAUGGGAACGAUGUUCUCAAACAGGCCUACGAGAUCUUCUUCAACAACCAUAACAAGAAUUUCACCCUUGAACAUGCUUGGAAGGAGCUUCGAAACGAUCAUAAGUGGUGUGAUGUUGCGACGUCUAAAAAGGAUGGAAACUGUAAGAGAAGAAAGUGCGAGGACGGUUCACAUACGGGAAGCUCUCACGCUAUUGGAACCAAAACUGGUGAAGAGGAUCAAGUCACCAAACGUCCCAUUGGUGUGAAGGCAGCAAAGCCCGUGGUAAGACGACGAUGGUAG